UUGGAUACUGGUCGGCUCCCUCCCAGCUCCCACCGUGCCGCCGCCACCGCUGCCGCCGCAACCGCCCGCCGGGGCGCAGCCUCUACCCCCUCCUUCCCCUUGGCCAUGGAAGCAGCCGUUGCUCCACCUGCUCUGCGCCCGGGCCGCUCGCUCCGCACCAACCCAAAUCCCGCCACGCGACCAGGCCAGACACCUAGGCCGUGGGGACUGGCGGCGAAUCCCCAGGCCAACGCCGUCAGGUGCGAGCUGUCCCGGCGCCCGGAGCCGCGCGUCCUCAUCCGCGCGGCCGCGGCCGCGCAACAGGAUGCUGGUGAUGCUGCUGGGGCUGGGAGGAGGAAGCGGCUGGCGGUGUUCGUGUCCGGCGGGGGCUCCAACUUCCGGGCGAUCAACGAGGCUGCGCUGGGCGGGACGGUGCACGGGGAUGUCGUCGCGCUUGUCACCGACAAGCCAGGCUGCGGAGGUGCAGAGCACGCCAGGAGCAAUGGCAUUCCUGUCGUUGUGUUCCCCAAGUCCAAGUCUGCGCCCGAGGGGAUUUCGGUCGCUGAACUGCUGGAUACGCUGAGGGGAUACGGUGUAGACUUUGUUCUUCUUGCUGGUUACUUGAAGCUUAUACCAGCUGAAUUGAUCCAGGAAUAUCCAAGGUCCAUAUUAAAUAUCCAUCCUUCUCUCCUUCCGGCAUUUGGAGGCAAAGGCUUUUAUGGUUCAAAGGUGCACAAAGCCGUUAUUGCCUCUGGGGCAAGAUACUCAGGUCCGACCGUACAUUUUGUUGAUGAGCACUAUGAUACAGGGAAAACAUUAGCACAAAGAGUUGUGCCUGUGUUUGCAGAUGACACACCAGAGUUAUUGGCUGCAAGAGUCCUUCAUGAGGAGCAUCAAGUUUAUGUUGAAGCAGUUGCUGCUUUGUGCGAGGACCGCAUUGUAUGGAGGGAAGAUGGUGUCCCACUUAUCAAAAGCCGGCUAAAUUCGGAUGUGUACCUCUAAUUGACAAUACUAGCACCCUUUUUGAAGCAAUAAUGGAAUUUGUAAAGCCCCCUGCCAGUUUUCGCCAAGCCAAGGGGCACAUAACAAUUAACAUAGGUUGAUAGGGUGCAACUUAGUUGUCAUCUAAACACUUCCAUGUGUUGGAAGUGGAAAACAGUGUUCUAUGGACUGCAGUAUAUGCAUACUGCAUAAUCCACUGUUGGCUUUACCUUGAUUUGAGAUAGUUCUUCUGCGUUUGCCUUGUCCUCCA